AUGGAAUAGAUUAAUAAAUUAGAUCUUUUUGGAGUUGUUAAAAGUACUAAAAAUUAAUAAUUAUAGAUGGUGGAUUAAAAUAAGGCUUCUUUUUUUAUGCUUUUGGCUUUUUUGGAACUUUAUUUAUGACAAUCUCUUUUCUUAUGAUUUUAUCUAACGCUUUGAAUGAACAAAAUAGUAUUUUAUACCAAUAUAACAAUAGUGAAAAUAAUAAAAACUUUAGCAGAAUUGAAUUAAAGGGAUCUAGGAACCUACUAAAAUUAAAUGUUUGUAAAAACAAAAAAUAAGAUUCAUUAAUUAUAACUUAUCAAAACCAAUGAGAAGUUGAAUUAAUUUACUUAUGAAAUUUAAGCAUUUUAAACUGAAAUAUAAUAGGCAAACCAUCAAUUAUUUCAUUCCAAAUAUUUUUCACUUUAAUUGCCUCAUUUCAUUAAUUCAAUAACAAACAAAGAAAAUUGGUGUGGAUAAAAUUGUGUAAGUGUUCCUAUUUAAAAAUAUCUUAAUGAAAAUUGUUUGGAAGAUUGUACCCUUUACUUGAAUUCAAUUUGUAUGGUAUUUGAUAAAAAUGAGAUUUUAAGUGGUUGUUAUGAAAAUUAACAACUAGCUUAAUAUACAAAGGAUAAAACCAAAUAAAUUUAAAUUUAAUUAAGACAUAGUAAGGAUCCCUUGGUCUAAAUUAACCAUCAAUGUAAUAAUAUGAAUUUAUUAUGUAAUUAGAAAUCACACUACCAGAUAAUUAUAAUCCUCUAAAUUUAAUAAUUUUUGGAGUAAUUUGUUUAACUGUUUGUGUAAUUAUUAUGAUUGUGGUGAAUUUAAGCCAAAGAUUCUAGAAGAAAGAAAUUGAAAUGUAAGAAAUAGUGAGACAUUAACCGCCAAGAAUGAUCCCAUUAAAUUAUUGA